GUUCCGUUAGGUCGAUCGGAAACGCAUAUUUCGAUUUUGUUGGACAAUAUUUGCGAGAAGCUGACGGAUUACGUGAGAGCGACGAGGAAGUCCGACAAUAAGUUAGUAAUCUUCAACCUGAUGUCUCCAUCCGGUGGUAUGAAUCCUAUGAUGAGCGAGGUAGACAUAAUUCAGGACGGUGAUUUAAACAAGAGCGUCAAGCAUUACUGCACCUUUAUAGUGGACGAAUUUGAGGAAGAUAUAGUGUCAUUAUACGUUGACAGUAUAAAAAAUAAGAAGAAGGAACUU